UCGCUUUCUCCACUUCGACAAGCUGGCCGACCGCGCAAUGGUCUUCCAACGCCACGUGCUCCUGAUCCCGCACCAUCGCGAGAGUGUUUUUUCGCCGGAAUACCGACCAGUGUCAUGGCACGGAGUGAUAUUCAACUUCUAAAAACAGAUAGUAAUCAGACUUUACUGUUCCGUACGCGGUGUCCCUACAGAUUAUGAAAACAGGUUCUCACAACUAAUACUCUCAUACACAAAGCUCACAGAGAGAAACAAUUUCGCAAUCUUAUUUAUUCAGCAAUGCGUCGGAUAUACAGAGGCGACUCAUAGUGCGUGUCAUUAGUCAGUCACCCUUAUCUACAUUUCUCGCAAGUAGCUUGACCUGUGAUCACGCAAUUGAUUUGGUAUUUAUCACCUUGUGACAACGAGAUGCAUAAUGAAAUAAUGCAAUAACGACGACUUCGAAGAAGUGGAAAAGAAAAUAAAUAUUAACUGACGUACACCAAAGAUAAGUUCUAUGAGGUGCAACCGGAAAAACGCGCUGUCGAAAAAAGAGGACGAGAGGAAUUAGCGAAUUGAACGACUCGUAAAUCCCGGAGGGGAUCUACAUUUCAGUCGGUAGCGAGACCACGAGAAUCGAGAUGGGUAUUAUGACAGUGAUCGGCGCCGCUCUGAAAGCGACCACCGUCCUCUUGGGCGUCGGAAUCGGCAAAGUUACUAUAAUCCCGGUGCUGAUCGCCGCGCUGGCCUACUUUAAUUACGACCUCAUGGACCCAGAGAAUCAGCCGCGCGUGACGAGGGAAUUACGGAAAGAAUACGAUUUCGUGGUGAUCGGCGGCGGCUCAGCCGGAAGCGUGGUUGUUAACAGAUUGACCGAGAAUCCCGAAUGGAACGUGCUCCUGCUAGAGGCGGGCGGACACGAGACCGAGAUCACCGAUGUGCCCAUACUGUCACUCUAUUUGCACAAGAGCAAGAUCGAUUGGAAGUACCGCACGCAACCGCAGAACUCAGCCUGCCAGGCGAUGGUCGAUCGCCGAUGCUGCUGGACAAGAGGCAAGGUCCUUGGAGGCUCUAGCGUCUUGAACACGAUGCUAUACAUCCGCGGUAACCGACGUGACUUCGAUCAAUGGGAGAGCUAUGGAAAUCCCGGAUGGGGAUACAAGGACGUGCUGCCGUACUUCAAGAAGUCGCAGGAUCAAAGGAACCCAUACUUGGCGCGCGAUACGCGAUAUCACAGAACUGGAGGAUAUCUCACGGUACAGGAUAGCCCUUAUCUCACUCCGCUGGGUGUGGCAUUUCUUCAGGCCGGCGAAGAGAUGGGUUAUGAUAUACGAGAUAUUAACGGCGACCAACAGACCGGCUUUGCCUUCUUUCAGUUCACGAUGCGUCGGGGCGCCAGGUGUAGCGCCGCCAAGGCAUUUCUACGGCCCAUCCAACUGAGAAAGAAUUUUCACCUAUCCCUAUGGAGCCACGUCACUCGAGUAUUGAUAGAUCCACUGAGUAGAAAGGCGUACGGGGUGGAAUUCAUCAGGAACGGUCGUAAAGAGAUUGUGUACGCCAGGAAGGAGGUGAUCCUCUCGGCCGGAGCCAUCAACACUCCGGUUUUGUUAAUGCUGUCGGGAAUAGGACCACGCGCUCACUUGGAGGAUCUGAGAAUUCCCGUGAUUCAAGACUCGCCCGGGGUCGGACAAAAUCUGCAGGACCACAUUGCCGUGGGAGGAUUAACCUUUCUAAUCGAUUACGAGAUCAGCACAGUGAUGCAUCGGUUGGUGAACGUAAAUUCGGCGGUGAGAUACGCUGUGACCGAGGACGGUCCGUUGACGUCGAGCAUCGGUCUCGAGGCGGUCGGUUUUAUAUCCACGAAAUACGCGAAUCAGAGUGACGAUUGGCCAGACAUCGAGUUCAUGCUGACGUCUUCGUCAACCAACUCGGACGGCGGCACUCAUGUAAAGAACGCUCACGGCCUUACCAACGAAUUUUACCACGAGGUAUUCAGCAAGAUCAACAACCGCGACGUCUUCAGCGUAUUCCCGAUGAUGCUCAGGCCCAAGUCACGCGGGUACAUCCGACUCAAGUCUAAAAACCCGUUGGAUUAUCCGCUGCUCUAUCACAAUUAUCUCACCCACCCAGAAGACGUGGCGGUGCUUCGCGAAGGUGUCAAGGCGGCCAUCGCUUUCGGCGAGACGAGCAGCAUGAGAAGAUUCGGCUCGAGAUUUCAUAGCAAACCGCUGCCCAACUGCAAGCACAUUCCCCUCUUCACCGACGAGUACUGGAACUGCGCGGUGAGGCAGUACACCAUGACCAUCUAUCACAUGAGCUGCACAGCCAAAAUGGGCCCACCCAGCGAUCCCAUGGCGGUCGUGGACCCGGAAUUGAGGGUCUACGGGAUUACAGGUUUGAGGGUGAUCGACGCAUCGAUCAUGCCGACUAUCCCUAGCGGCAAUAUAAACGCACCGGUGAUCAUGAUCGGCGAAAAAGCCGCCGACAUGGUGAAAGCGUCGUGGAUGUAAAACAGAGAUAUGUUAAGUGCUUUUUCAAAAUGCCACGUUUCUCCAUGCGGUAUUGUGACUUGAAUUCUGUAACUUUCGUGGGAUUUUCCUCGGCCGUGCUUGCCAGUAUUUUUAACAAAUUUUGACGUGGAGAGUUCGCGUUGUGUUCUCACACAAUCGAGCCCCAGAUAUUCCAGUGGAGAAUGUCGGGAAUGCAAAUAAUUGCACGUGAAUGUUGUAAUGCACUCGCGCAAAGAGUUUGCCAUACCAGGAGUAACGAAAGACUUCGUUUUUAAAACAAGUGAUUAGGUAAUAGAAAAGGAAGAAUUCCAGUAAGCAUAAACCAACCAACGGUAACAUUAUGUCAAUGUUACAAUUUCCUAUUAAAUAAUGGAAAUGCGAUAUAACACGUGUGUUAUGUAACAGUAAUACUGUUGAGCGGAAAAUUAUUACGACGUAAUGUUAUCGUUAGUUGGUGUUUGCUGGGAUGACUUAUGCAAUCAAAAAUUAACCAAUUAACGGUCAACGUUCCAUUUUAGAGAUAAAAAGGUAUUGUGAAUAAAUUUGAAUAAUAAAUAAUAUUUCUUCAGUAUCAAA